AUGUCCUCCUUUCACAUUGUCGAACACAAAAUCCCCUGCCAGCACAUUCGUGAAUACCCACGGGCACUAAGUGGCUCCCAGGAGGACGUAUUGCAUCUCGCGGUCAAGCAAUAUAUACCCAAAGACAAUUCCAACCCUCAACCCGGUGAUGUAACAAUUAUAGGCGCGCAUGCCAAUGGAUUUCCCAAAGAGCUUUACGAACCGUUAUGGGACGAUAUCCACGCAAGGUCAAAAAAGAAUGGCUUUCGCAUAAGAAGCAUAUGGAUCGCAGACGUCGCGCAACAGGGCCAAAGCAGUGUCCUCAAUGAGCAACUGCUAGGCAAUGAUCCUAAUUGGAAUGACCAUGCACGGGAUUUGCUGCAUAUGAUCAACAUGAAAAGAGAUCUCAUGCCCCGGCCAUUGGUAGGGAUAGGUCACUCGAUGGGAGGAAAUCAUCUGGUCAACUUGGCCUACAUACAUCCCCGGCUUCUCACCACACUCAUCCUUAUCGACCCCGUGAUACAGGUCUAUUCCAGCGUUGCGCCCGAUGCAGGUCCCAGCCCAGCGCGCUUGUCCACUUUCCGACGGGACGUCUGGCCCUCGAGAAAAGAUGCCGCCGAGAGUUUCAAAGCGAGCAAGUUUUACCAAGCGUGGGAUCCCCGAGUCCUCGACCGCUGGGUCCAGCACGGCCUUCGUGACAUGCCGACUUUAAUCCACCGAGAAGGGCCGCCGAAGGUCACCCUGACAACUCCUCUUCACCAAGAGGUCUUCACCUUCCUUCGCCCAAACUACGAAGGCUACGGAUGGGAGGGCAAACCCGUCAAUCGCAAGACCCAUCCAGAUUUAAAUCCCUCGUUACCAGCGAUCUCCCCAUUCUACCGAGCGGAAGGCCCUCAGGCGUUUUUCCGCCUGGAGGAGCUUCGACCAAGCGUGUUGUACAUAUUCGGAGGCAAGUCUGAUGUCGGCACACCCGAGGCGUGCAAAGCCAAGAUGGAUCACACCGGGGUUGGCGUUGGAGGUAGCGGUGGAGCACCGGCCGGCCGCGUGCGGAGCGUCCUGUUUGAAGAUAUCGGUCACUUGAUUGCAAUGGAAGCCGUCGACAGAACUGCCGACCACAGCUCUGCAUGGCUAGGAAGCGAAAUCAAGUUGUGGAAAGAAGCGGAGGCGGAGCAUGAGCGAACGUGGAACGCAAAAUCACUGGUCGAAAAGCAGACGGUCGAUGAGGAGUGGAAGAAGAUGAUGGGGGGUCCGCUGCGCAAGCCUAAGAAGACGAAACUGUGA